GUAACUUGUAAUUUCAUAUCUACUACUACUACUACUAGUAGUCACGGUCUAACUUACCCAGUAUUGUGGUAGUCAUGGAGCGCGUCACAAAACCGUCGAAAGCUACGAGAUUCAACGCGAAUACCUACGUUGAAGAAGCUCCAAGCCGCUGUCACAUUGGAUCCAGAAGUCGACUUGACUACAAAACUACCCGACAGACUACCUACUCUAUCCGACUGGAUAGCAUGCGUAAUAGCGUGAAACUUGAUAAUAAUAACAGCAAAGUCUCCCAGGUACCGUUGCAUUGGUACGCCCUCAUGAGGAAGACAUACGGGACUCCCUGGACGCGUCUGCCCCAGUCGAGACGAUUUACCCCCUUUCGAAGUUCUCCAAGCUCGGCGGCAGAGACGCACGAGGGAGUGCGGGAUCACGUUGCCCAGGGUGAGCUUCCACCUCCAAGGAGUAAAAAGAAGAGCCUUGUCGAUCUCACGGGCAAAAAAGCCCCACGUCUUGACAACGAGGGUUAUUCUACCGGCGGAAGUACAUCAUCUCUCGAAUCCCGUUUCCUAUCUUUUGAGAAUAUCAUCAUUCUUCCAUCGUUCAAUCAAGAUGCUGGAAAGCCAAAAAGUGCCAAGUUUCUCACCUUCGUGCCCGACUGA